AUGUCUCAGGAGGAUACAGCUAUUCCUAUUGAUCCUAUGCUCCAGCAGUAUACUACUAGAGUCACUCAGGCUAUCUCUGAGCUUUCAGCAGCUCUGGAGGAGGUUAAAUUGAAUGGUAGAACAGUGCUGGCAAUGAACAUUCCUACAGCAGAAGAACUCCUCAACAUACUGGACAAAAAGAUUACUGAGGCUAAGUGGACUGAUGAGGAGAUAUUGGAGCAGGUUGAGUAUGAUAAGAAGGAGUCUAUUGGUGAGCAUAUCCCAGAGCUUGAGGCUCUGGAGCCAGAGCCAGAACCACUCAUUAGCUAUGCAGAGGCUGUCCAAUUGCUUUCAAAGCUUAAUACACUCUUUCAGAGUAAGAUUGGUGCUGAGUUUACUGAGGCUAGGGCACUUUUUCCAAAGCUUACAAGAAACCUAUGCAAGAAAAUAAAUAGUUCUCUUGAACAGACUGAUAUUUGGUUGUUUUUUAAGUAG